CAAUGGGCAUUUUCUUUCUCCUGGCCCUGGCCCUGCCCCCGGACUGUCAGACGGCGGGCGUCUGCCUCUGAAGUCAGCAGCGAUUUCCUCUAGAGCCCGGCCUUAUCUCCGGCUGCACGUUGCCUGCUGGUGACUAAUAACACAAUAACAUUGUCUGAGGCUGGAAUAAAGUCAGCCCUGUUUACCCCCACUCCAUAGGGGUUCAAUAUAAAAAGCCGGAGGAGAGCUGUCCAAGUCAGACGCGCUCCUGCAUCUGCUGGGGCAAGUGAGCGAGCGAGCGCCGCGAGGGUUCUCGGUCUGGUCUCCGCUGUUGCUGUCCCCCAGCCGCCCGCUGCGCCCUCCGACCGCUCCACCGCCUCACUCCCCGCAGGCACUCCUCUCUCCCCGCGGAGGAGCGCCCAGGCUGACGGAUCCACAGCCACCAGAAGCGCUUUGAGGGAACUGAAGCUGCUUCUCUGCGUUCCUACUAUUGGGUUUAGUUUGCAGGGAAUUCUGAUUGUUUUCAGGAUGGAUUAUUUCCCCGUGAUCCUCUCUCUGCUGUUUGUGGCUUUCCAAGGAGCUCCAGGAACAGCUGUCUUGGGCGCUGAGCUCAGCACGGGAGCGGACAGCGGAAGAGAGGAACCCUCUCCCAGCGCACCCCGCCGCUCCAAGCGCUGCUCCUGCUCUUCCCUGCUGGAUAAAGAGUGUGUCUACUUUUGCCACCUGGACAUCAUCUGGAUCAACACUCCCGGGAAAAUUGUUCCAUAUGGACUUGGAAACCCUCCUAGGACCAAACGAUCCUUAAAGGAUUUAUUUCCUACAAAAGCAACAGACUGGAGGGACAGAUGCCAGUGUGUCAGCCAAAAAGACAAGAAGUGCUGGAAUUUUUGCCAAGCAGGAAAAGAACUCAGGGACCAAGACACGAUGGAGAAAGUCUGGGAUAACCACAAGAAAGGAAAGGACUGUUCCACGCUUGGAAAGAAGUGUAUUCAGCAACAGCUGGCGGAAGGAAGAAAAAUGAGAAGGUUGGAGGCUAUCAGCAACAGCAUCAAAACUUCUUUUCGUAUUGCAAAGCUGAAAGCCAAGCUCUCCAGAGAGAAGAAAGUGACCCACAACCGAACACACUGAUUACAACCAUCCCAUCUGAAGCCUUCUCCUCCACAGAGACAGCGCGCUGUGCGGCUGACCGCUCUCUCUCCACACCGGCCUGCAUCACAGCAAAAGCAUCCUUCCUCCUUAGAGCAUUUCUUGCUCCAGACUGGCCUCAGAUCAGCGUCCUCCUUCUAAACAUUCCACAAACGGUUAAGGAGUCCCCCGGCCCAUCUUCAUUUGCUUCCAUCACUGGUCAUUGCUUUUGUCUGUCCCCCUUUGGGGUGACAAUGGACCAUUCAGAGGAAGCAGAGUGACAUGAUGACUGUAAAUUAUGAUGGCAUCCUCCACAGGGCGGAGAGGAGACUCCGCUUGCCGGUGGGGCUCCUGACAAGGGUAGGAAGGAAGUGUUUGUGUCUCGCUCAGGCGCCCGGCACCGUUCAGAGAGAAACUGCAUAGUCCACGAAGAGAUUGCCUAAGGAAUGCACAAAGUGAAAACAUAAUUGAGUUAAGAAAAUACACACACACACAACUCCAAAAUCUUUAUUUUUUAAUUCACAAAAUGCAAAACUGAAACUGUUACUACUAUAAAUCAGGAUGUGUUUCAUAAAUAUGAAUCUACCUCACCUGUAUUGCACUCUCGCACAAAUAUUUUCCCACCUUUAAUUAUUGCCUCCCAAACUCUCCCCCCUCCUGUUAUCCCCUCCUCUGAUACCUCCAUGCUAAAUCCUAGCCUCAUAGAAGUCUUGUCUAAUGUGUCAGUGGUAGAUAGGACAUUUUCAUGGUAAUCUACUAGCUCUGGUCCAUAAGA